AGCUAUCAUACAAAUUAAUUUACGGGCAAGAUUUAAAAAAAAUAAUUACCUUCCUUGGUGGGUUAUUUAUUGUAAUUUUAAUAGUAAUAGAAAAAUUUCGCCCCGCAAUGGUGAAAUUCUAGUGUGAUGUUUACAUAUGACAUCUGUCACAAUAACACCCAGUUUCCCUGCCGAUGAUUUCCAUCCGAAGAAAAAACAAGGGAAACCGCACCACGAUCAACCAGCGCUCAACGUGCUUUGGAUAGCCGCACAAUUUUCCUCCAUUCGUCCAAUUUUACGUAAAUACUCCGGCGACGGUAUGUCUGGUGCUAGUGCCCGUUCGCUAAAAAUCUUCGUCGGCAACAUCGCUUGGACCGUGGGCCACCGGGAGUUGCGUAACUACUUCAGCCAGUUCGGCAAGGUGUCGUGGGCCCAGGUAGUGUUCGACCGGAAGUCCGGACUGUCCAAGGGGUACGGGUUCGUGUCGUUCCAGAAGAAGUCGGCGCUGGAAAAUUUGGAACGCAACCAGAAGCACGUACUGGACAAUACGCCCAUCUUUUUCCAGCAAACGGAUUAGCUACGGGGGAAGGGGGGCAAACAUCACCGUAGAGGUGUAGCCGUGUAGGGCUUGUUUUGUAGUUGGGGUAGUAGGUUACUUUAGGAUAUGCGAUAGGAGGAAAAACACACACACACACACACAAACACGGUAUGGCGGAUUUGGCGGAAGGAUUGGAGGACAAUCCGCUCGAUGCAGGGUUCGAGAAGGCGAGCAAAUUUCUUCAGCACAGCACCGACCUGUUCAAGCAGGACCAGCUGCUACAGUUUUAUGGGCUGUACAAGCAGGCCACCGUUGGACCGUGCAAUGUGCCGAAGCCGGCUAUAUACAGCAUGGCGGCACGGGCUAAAUGGUACGCCUGGGACAAGGUUAAACAUCUCGAUCCGACCACCGCCAAACAGGAGUACGUACGGCUAAUGGAUCAGCUUGCACCCGACUGGAACGCGAAUAGCACCGGCGAAGCGGGCUGGGUGUCCGUGUCCAGGCCGAAGCGUCCGUCAGAAACCGGGCCGGAGGAGACGAACAAAUCGCUGAUCGAUCGCAUCAAGGAGGACGAUCUGGACGGUGUGCGGGAAGCGAUCCGGCACGGGGACAGUGCCGCCACGGUGAACGUGCUCGACCACGAAGGGCUGGCCGCAAUACACUGGGCAGCGGAUCGUGGGAAUGUUGACGUGCUGGCCUGCCUGCUUACCGUCGACGGGAUUGACGUCGACCUGCGCGCUGCGGAUGGACAAACCGCGUUGCAUUAUGCAUCCAGCUGCGGGAACGUAGAAUGCCUUCAGCUGCUGCUAACACAUGGCGCGGACCGUACCAUCCGGGAUGGGGAGGGUGAAACGUGUAGUGACGUUGCUUACAAUCAAGCAAUAAAAGCUUUUCUUGCGUGAUUAACGAACCAACGAA